GCCAUGACGACACGCACUGUCACGCAGUAGCAGGAUGUAGCUUCCCAUAGGCAAGAUCUAAGUAAGCACUUAGAUCUUGCCCAUAGGUUUUCAUUGCUAUGAAGCGUUGUCUGUCGGACACCAGCUCUAAACUCGCCAUGCGCCCAGCGUCCCGGUGCACCUAUCUUCACUACUGUAUUUUGAGCCGGCCGACGUCCAACUCACGGGCUCGCCGGCCUCAGCGAUGCACGUGCUGUCGAGCCCCAUAGAGGAGCAGUUGAACAGCAAGGAGUUUAACACGCUAUCCUCAGGCCCCGUUCCGAUCCUUGUGCACCCCAUUGUUGAGAUCCGGACCCGAGCUCUUGACUCCCUGGUUCAGAAGGUGGAGCUAGGAUUGGUGACCAGAGCAGAACUAGCCAGCUCAAACCCACCACUUGUGCACCAUCUCCUCAAACUGCUGCAUUUGGGCCCUCCAUCCACCACCACCAAGCCACUCCUCACACUACUGCUCCUCUUGGCUGAGGAUGAAGGUUCAAGGGUCAUACUGGCAGGCCCAGUGGUGCGGCAGCAGCUGCGGGAGCUGCAUUCUGUUGUUCCUGUUGACUUGCUGCCAAAAGUCACACUCCUUCUCAAGAAGCUGGGUCACACUGCUAAUAAUUGUACUGCUUCCUCAGAGGAAAGAGUUACUGAGUAUGAAGAGGCACCAGAUGCUCCAGAUUUAUGCCUCAGUCACCCUCCUGAUCCACAGUGCCUGAGGACUGAUGAGUAUGCUGAGGAGGGUGCCUGUGUGGAGAGUCUAUGUGACUGGACGAGAAUUCAAGACACUUCAGUUACUACUGCUGCUGGGGAGUCAGCCCUACAUUUCAUCACCUUCCCCUGGCAGGCACUGACAAAGAGUGACCAGCAUGUCUUGGAGUCCAGUGUGCGGUCCCUGAUGAGUGCCGGUGUAGCUGAAGUAAAGGCGGCACUUCUCUUCCUUGACACAGUGGUGGUGAGGGACUUUCCCCCAGAGGUGUUGCUGCAGCGGCCUGCUGUCCUACAGGUGGUGUAUGGCUGUCUGGAGGAACAAGGUGAGGAUGCGCACUACUUUCAGGGGCCUGCCUGUGACCUCCUGCACAGCCUGACAAAGCUUCUCACAGCCCGUGUCCACCUCUUCACUGACCCUCACGCCCAGCCAGGCAGCGGAGAGGUUGUCUCAACCAUGUCAUCUGGGGUCACCAGUCCUUCCAACUUAACCCAGGUCAGCUGCUGCUCCCCUCACACCCACACUGCUCCCUACCAUGGCCCUCCAGACACAUUGGCUGGAGGAGGUGAGCCUCAGCCUUUCAGUGGGGUUGGUCAGGAGCUUCUUGGGUCAACCAUCCAUGAACAAGAUGAUGGUGAUGAGUUCAUCUUGUUGGGUCUGCACCAGAUGACUGUCCCCAGCCACUGUGUGCGUGCCAUGAGAGCAGCUACCUCCUUACUGGCUUCCCGUAGACCAGGCCUCCAGUCAGCCUCCCUACGUCUUAUGUCAGCAUGCAUUACACUCUUGCGAGAUUGUGUUCAUCCCAGUAUGCUGUGGAGGGUGUUAGUGGAGGGAGAGCCAUGUGAAGAAGAGGAGGAGGCAGGUGGAGAGGAGCAACUAGUCACUGAAGUCAAAACAGGAAUACUUAUGGUUAUUGGAACCCUGUCAGAUCUCAUUCUGACUGGCCUUGAGGCAAGGAAAGAGGCAAGGGGUGAGAGGUGGCUGAUGGUCACCCACUGCUGCUCCCUCUUCCUGUGUCAUGUCCUCACAACUCUUGUCCCUGUGGAAGCUGCAGUGCAGGUGAUAGACAACGCUGUUUGUGAUGCUGUUGUGAUGGUGCUGUGUGAUGGAGGCUUCUUCCUGCAGCAUCCAGAGCAUCACCACACUCUGCUGCAGUACUUGACUCAGGCUAACCCUACAUCAGCCAACGAGGUCAGGUGCCUGCUCUUUGCUGCCAAGUCUCUGGAGGCCACUUCUAAUUUCCUGAAGGCCUCUAACUCAGACCUUCAAGGAUUUCUUGACCUUGCUGAAAAGUCCCUACCAAGCUGUAGUGUUCUCCAAGAUGCUACCAUCUUAGAGAAAUUGUUGUGGGGUGUUGGGAGACAGGCAAAGGAGGGCAGUGUGUCUGAGGAACAGCUGGAACAGUCACGACACAUACUCCUCCAGUGCCUUCAUUCUCCUGUGCUCUCUGUGCGGCUUUAUGGGUAUAAGAGUGUGUUGAGGCUUGUUGAGUCUAGUGUUGGAGCAACCCAGACUCUAGAUACCAGCUGCAGCAGGUCACCAGCUGUCCUUAUCCUCUUGUCGCUAGAUGUAAUCAGGUUCAUCCUUUUUGCUGGAUGUGCUGAUGACAACAAAGAAGUUGCCAAUAUAGCACGAGAGUCCUUACUGACCCUGUUGCUUGGCCGUCCCUUGAUGAGUAGCUCCGUGUGGACUGUGGCAGCCAAGUGUUGGGGUGCUUGCUUACCUGACCUGCAGUGCCUGGCAGACCCUUCCUCCUCCCUGGGCCGAGCAGUGGACCAGACCUUUGAAGCUGUGUGUGAUAAAGAUAGCCCUGAGGCACUGCGCUACCAGCUGCAGUGUCUCUUUCUCCUACGUCGGGAGGCAAGGAGUGGACCCUUCUUCCAGUCCUGCCAGAAGCUCAAGCACAUGAUUCCAGACCUGUGCUUUGAUUCCCUACGCUACAGCAUCACUGUGCACAAUGAUCUCUUUAUCCUCAGGCAGCCCAUACACAUCAUGCGCACCUGUAACCUUGAGGCGGAGGAAGGAGGGCUGCUGAAGGUGGUGGAGUUGAUCCAUGGUGGAGGGACAGAGGCAACAGUGCAGAAAGCAGCUUGGACUCAGUUAGCUUUCCUCUUGGAAGACCCGAACCUCCACAAGGCAUUCAUGAGGUUGUGCUCCCUCCCAUUCCUUGUCCAGACCUUCAUCAACUCACUUAAGCGUGGAGAGGGUGAGGGUGUGAGACUGGAAUGUGUGCCUCGGGUAGUGGAAUGCCUCAGACUGUUGGCCACACACUCAGCGGAGGUUCGGCUCACUCUGCUGCAGGACCCAACCUUCCUCACUGCCCUGCUGGGAGCCACACUUCUCUUCUACGAGGACAUGCGCAUGAGAAGUCAAGCGUCAUGCCUCAUGGCUCUUGUGCUUUUCCAAGACCUCAUCAGCUUUUGGGACACAUUGGAGGAGAUAGGGGCAACACAGCUGCCUUCAGUGCCACAGCUUCUGGCCAAGGGACUCCACCUUCCAUUCCUUCACCGUACACACCCUUGGGGGGAGGACAGGGGUCUGUGCACAGAGAUGAGGACUGUUCAUCACUUGCUGAAGGAGGCUGAAUGGCCUGCCCGAGAGUUCCUUGGAGCAGUGUGGGAUUCAUGUCAGGCUGGUGGUGUGGAGUGGCUGUCUGCAUGUCAUUACCAGGACUCCAAGGACUCUGACUGCCUCAUCUUGCUGAAUGAGAGAGAGACUGCAUGGCUCAGGCUAUCUAUUCUGUCCUUGGCCACCACCUCAGCCCUAAGGAAUGUGGAAAAUGCCACCUCCCACCAUGAUGUCAAGAAGAAUGUGGCAGCCCUCAGCUUCAGGGUGCAGCAGCUGGCCCUUGCUGGGUGCUGUGACAAGGACUUCUUCUUCUCAGCUCAGUGGAGGAGCAGCUUUCAGCGCUUCCUGACAUCUGAACCAAAUUCCUCUGUGGAUGAGCAGCUUCUUGUGCAUAUAUUAGAGUGUCUGUGUACAUGCCUCAAGGUACACUCCCAGGUGCAGGAUGCCCGCUCUUCCCUCAUAAAGCUCUUAGUUACAGAGCUGACCAACCCUUCCAGUGCCUUGCUUCACACCCUGGGUAAAGCAGGAGGCACUAGCUGGGUUGCAUCUGACUUCAGCUUGCAGGCUGUGCAGACUGUGAGGCUGUUCCGGGCAGCUGCUGGCCUUGUGGCUUGCACCUUAUCCCUCCUGUCUGAGGGGAAAGCAGGCUUUGAGACAUUUUGUGAGGACUUCUGGGACAAACUGGCAAAUGCUGUCACCUCCACACUCCUCCCCAUACUUAGUGCUAAUAAUGACCUGCAGCACUACAAUGUGGCUGUGGUGGGGAUGGCUUUGGAAGUAUUGGUCCAUAUCUCACAUAAUGGCUGGCCAGGCAUGGACUUAGCAUCUCAGCUGGUCUCCAACUCUGUCAGACUGAUAAGCUCCUUCCAUCUGGGUCGUGGCCUUGCUCACAACUCCUACGUGGGUCGUCGCGUGACUCUCAACUCCUCCCUGGUGCUGCUUCAUCUUUUCUCCCAUCCCAACACUGAUUUCUCACAGGUUAUCCAAGAGGCUUCAGGUGAGGACUCCCUCUCAUGGCUGGUGUCCCUGUGGGUGUAUCGUGACCCCCUAGUGGCCAGCUGUGGACUUAAUGUGGCUGCUGCCCUUGCUGCCCAAACCUCACUCUUGCACUACAAUCUUACACAGGUCUCAGGAGGCGUGUGGGCAGCUGCUCUCAGCUACUUCCUACCUGAGGGUCGUGGCUGCCUAGUGAGAGCUUCAGCAGCCUUACUUCUAGUGCAGCUGACUCGGGUUGGACCUUCGCCAAGCAGCCCCUGGCCUUCCCCUAUAGUAGCUGAUGUAUGCACUGGGGAAUCUGUAGAUGGAUUGGAAGGGCUGAUGACCCUCCUUCAGCACUGCAACUUUUAUAGCCUUGUGCUGACCUCUCUGUCCCAUCUAAGUGUGGGGCUGGGCCUAGCUGGAACAUCCUCGCCAAUUAGGCAAGAAUGGGACCUCUCUCUUAGUUGCCUCAGCUCCUUUGGCCCAGGAGAGAGGGAGGAGGAAGAGGAGGAGGGACAGAGUUGUACCUCCAUCCAGCUGUAUGAAGCCACCUUGAAGCUGCUAAUCAACUUGGUGCUGCUGGGCCCUAGCCAGGUGGUGCCACAACUACUCUCCCAUGGGCUGGUGAAUGUAAUAGUGACACAGCUUCGUAGCUUGGUGGGCCACAUUGAGUCCUCCCAGCCACACUUACGAGCCACAGAGGCCAGCCUGGUGCUGCUAAGGGCAGUGCAUAGACAUCGGCCAGGCCAGUCAGCCACCAUUGCUCGCAACACUGGCCUAGAGCACCUUGCAUUGGGGGUGCUGGCUGCUGGUCUACUGCCUUUGGUUAGCCUGGAAGUGUUAACAGCCUUACUGGCAGAGGGGGGCUGGGGGGCAGUGCAUGUGGUUGAGUGGGUGACCGUCUGCCCUAGCCCCAUUCUCUGCCCUGUUGUGGCUGCUUUACAUGCCUCAGCCCCAGGCCAUCUACAGGCUGCUGCUGCUAGCUUCCUGAUUGGCCUGACUCAGGUUGUCCUUCAUGGCAGGGAGGCUAUACAACAGAAUAUGCAUUUGGCCCUUACUGGGUCUUUAGACACUCCUGCCCCUAUGCCUGGCAACAAAGCACUAUGUCCAGGCUGGGAGCUGUGUCGACACCUUAUCCAGCUGGUGUGUGAUGCCCCUCAAACCCCAGACAGUGCCAUCCUGGGCCACCUGCUUUUGGAGAGCCUCAAGCUGUUGCUGUUGAUAAGCCACAGUGCCAGGGAGGCGGCUUUCCAUUUACGGCCAUGCUUCCUGCCCUUAUUGGCUCAGCCACUCCGGGCUCUUCAGGAAAAGGUGACCUCAGUAAACCUGCAUAUCAGUGGCAACUUGCUACGUUGCAAGGAUGUCAAGGAGGAGGUCUUGGCCAGCAUCCAGAGUCUGGAGGUUGCUACAAACUGGGUUAUUGGAGGAAGUUGUGUUGAGGAUGUGUGUGAGACAUUGCUGGCCAAGCUACACCCAUUGUGGAUUCCUGCACAACACACACCCUCCAUUAUGAAAGCAUUGCUAGACUUCCUCCUGUGUUCCACAGCAAUGCACCAGUGCUGUGUGCUGCUCACACGCACCAGUGCCAUGCCUGGGGUGCCUCUGAGUGCUACGCGCACCCGCUGGCCCCUCCUAGCCUGUGUUGCCACCUUGGUCUGCCAGCACCUGGCCAGGAUUGCAGGAGAAACUGGGAGCUUGUCUCACUGCUUUAAGACUUUAUCCAGAGAGAGCCUUGACAGGGCACUCUCAGUGGUCACCAACUGUGCACGGGUGCCAGAGUGUGCUUUGAUUUUGAACAAACUGGAUGUGGUGGGCAGCAUUAUGAGGUGGCUAGAGUGCCGUGCAGCCUUGCAGGAGGGUGUGGCUAUCACCUCCACGGUGGUGCAACUCUUAGCCAUGCUCACCACUCAUCAGGAGUCCCGCACAGCUCUCCUCAAGUCAAAGCAUUGGACUGCCACCCUUAAGGAACUUGCAGCUCACAAGAUGGUGCAGCUGCAUGCCCUCAGGGUGGCAGCCAACAUGGCCCUGGGACGGCAUUCUUCUGCCUCCCUCCUGUCCCAAGGCAGCCUUGUUGAAACCCUCCUGGAGGUUCUAGCUCAGGAGAAAGAGGAGGAGGAGGAGGAGGAGGAAAUAAAGUGUUGUGAGGUUGCACUAGUCACUAUUUGGGCACUGGCUGCCAACAACCAAAGGGGAAAGGCCAUUUUGAGACAAAGUCCAUUGAAACCUCUCCUGAGGCACCUGGCUGAGACUGCAACUGACAGGAGGGUAACUUUUGCUCAAACUAUACUGCAUAUGCUGGAAUGAGAGAGAGAGAGAGAGAGAGAGAGAGAGAGAGAGAGAGAGAG